AUGAAUAAAUUAAUAGUACAAAAACAGCUUCUAGAUAAACCGUUCUACCAAUUUCUAGGGAGACGGGCUCGCUCUUUCGUUAGAUUCAAAUCCACAGCUGCCUCACCUGAUGAAAUCAAACAUUUUCAGGAGCUAGCUCCUACUUGGUGGGAUACCAACGGAUCACAAAGAAUACUUCACAAGAUGAAUUUAGCAAGGUUAGAUUUUAUAAGGAACACAUUAAACAAAACCGUUAGAAUCAAGGACCCUAAUACGUUUAUUCCUGGUUAUAACUACAAAGAGUUCUUGCCAGAGAGUGUGUCUCAUUCCAUUGAGAACGACUUGAAUGAAGGUCUUAGCAAGGAGUUGACUAAAAGACAGUAUAAUGUGCUAGAUAUCGGUUGUGGUGGAGGUAUUCUUUCAGAAUCGAUGGCAAGACAACCAUUUGUGAAACAAGUGCUUGGAAUUGAUUUAACUCCAGAGUGUAUAUCUGUUGCAAAACUACAUGCUAGGUUAGAUCCCAAAUUAGAAGGGAAAGUUGAAUAUGAUGAAAUUGCAUUAGAGGAUCUGAAACAGAAGGACUACGAUAUCAUAACAUGUUUUGAAAUGUUAGAACAUGUAGACAAACCUGGUGAUAUUCUCGAACAGGCCUGGAAAAGAUUGAAACCAAACGGUCUAUUGUUCGUGAGUACGAUCAAUAGAAACCCUAUCUCCUGGUUCACCACCAUAUUUAUGGGUGAGACAGUACUAAAAAUUGUACCUCCAGGAACUCAUCACUUGAGUAAGUAUAUCGACGCCUCAGAGAUAGAAGAAUGGUUCGAAAAGAAACACCCUCGUGACCACAAAGUAUUAAGCCUAAAAGGUACAAUGUAUAUCCCUACACAAGGUUGGGUAGAACAUGACUGUACUAAGAUCGGUAAUUACUUCAUGGCUGUCAAGAAACUACAUUAG